GUUGUGAGUUGAUGCAUGCUGAUUUUCAGCGCUCUUUUGUGGAUUUGUUUUGAUUGCAGUCCUGAGGUCAAGUUUCGAAGGAAUUUACCAUUUUCUUUUUAAAAUUAAACAGCAUGUAUGUUGAAGUUAAAUUCAAAAUGCUCGAUAUAUUUCCAUCCAUAACAUAGACUACUUUCUGUUUAUUUAAUUUUGGUUUCCAGAUGGAUUCAUGGUUGAAGGUGAUGUAUGUGUGACUCAUUGCUCUACAGGUAGUAUGAGUACAGAUGGACGUGUAUGUCUUCCAUGUCAAGAUAAAUGUCCAAAAUGUCAGUUUUUUUCUUUUUUUUUGUAGUAAUUUUAUAGACAAAUACUAUUUUACAAAUGGAUAUUUGAUGAAUUAGUACCACCCACCUUCAAAUAGAAUGUUUGUUUAUUUAUAGUGAACACUAUUUGCUUUUAAAACGGAUUAUUUAGUUGUUUUCAUGUCGUAAAAAUAUUAAUCGAAAUUACAGUUAAUAAAUGAUAAUAAAAUCACAAAAUACUAGGAUAAAUGUUUAAUUACUCGACUUAAUGUGACUUAAAUUGAGUAAAUGAAGCAUUAGAAAGUAGAAGGUAUUCUGUGGUAAUCACUAUAUCUUCAAGUGGUAUAGUUCUAUCCUAGAAACAAAUUAAAAAAAACUGUCUGAAUGCACAAUCAUUUACUCCAAUUGGUAAUAUUGUGAACAGUUUGAGAUGACGCUUAAAGCCUCAGACUUGAAGUAUGAUUUAUUUCAAGUAGACUUCAAGAAAAGAUACCAAGCAUACUACACUUUUCGUCCAAUAUGCAAUAUUACAAAUUUAAAUGGAAAGGAAAAUUAACGACGUACUCCGACUUUAACAUAUUUCCUAGAAACAUUAAGAAUACAAAUAAUAAAUUAGACGAACAAGCCACAGUUGGUAAAUAACCGAACUAAAAAGCUGCAUCAAAAUUUACAGUACAAAUAGAGUGAGAACUCUUCUCAGAUAGUGUAUAACUAAUCAAAACUUUUUAAUCAAUCGAUAUCUAGAAAGGUUGUUAAAAUUUAAAUCUGCUGAUUACUAAACGGAUUCCAAAUAAACUUGAGAAGAUAAACCAAAAAAGUAGCCUUCAUGAUUCAUAAAGUUUACAGAGUGUAAACAAAUUAUUAGUAUACCAUGGAAUAGGCUUGUAGGUGCAGUUAUAUUGAUAUUACAAGUGAUGCUAACUCUUAAAUAUGUCAUAGUACAUGGUCAACAUUCACUGUUUAUUUCCCAUUACAUUUGUAAAUUUCUUUUAUUAAAAAAUAAAAAGGUUUUGCUUAGUAUAUAUUUGCAUUAUACAUCUAUGAAUCUACACUAAUAUGUUUUAUCGAAUAUGGAGAAAAUUCGUUUUGAUUUUAUAACGGUCAUUUAAAUUAUUCAACCAAAAUUUACAUUUUACAUUUAUAUAUUUUCCAAUAUGCAUUGUAUAACAACCACAGUAAAAGCAUUCCUUCUUGAAAUUUCAACGCCUACAGCUAGAUUUAGUAGUUACACAUACUAUAUGUGUACCACCCAACGUAAUGCUAUAAUCCUGUAUUUAGCAUAUGAGCAAACACUUCCUAAACGAUAACUAAAUCUUAUCAAUAGAAGUUGAAACAAACGAAAUACAUUGCGCAUUGCUGAGGAGUCUCACAGUAGGACGAAAUGGCUGUCUAGUGCUUCCAGCUAUUCCAUGGUGGUCUAGCUUCAAUUCACUCAUGAACCCAACUAUUAAAUACAUUAAACUCACUAGCUAUAUUCUUAGAUUGAGUCUGAAGAACAUAAAAACUAAAAUGUCAGUUUGACGUAAAUAAAUUUCAAUUACAUUAUAGAUACAUUUAUAUGAAGUUAACAAUGAAACAAAUAAAGGACUUUCAAAAACAGCGAAAUAAGAUUUCAUAUUAGUGCGUUUUUAAAAUUAUGGUUUGUAUUGUAUUAUUUUGCUAACAACGUGAAUACUCAAGAGAUAUAAAGUGAAAUAAAUUAUUUAAUUGAAAAUCAAAAGCCAGACUAUAGACAACCUAUAUAUUAAAAUUAUGUAACAACAAUAACGACACGUUUUUCGCUUAUAAGAGCCAAACAUUUUGUUUUUUCAUCAGUGAGUGAUCUUCAAGAAGAAAGGAUAGUUUGAUCGCCUAACUGUAAAAGAAAGAUACGCUUUUAAACAACUGCUAAUCCAAAUUAAUUACCGAAAUGAAUAGCCAAAUUUAAGGUAAAUGGAUAUCAUUUAGUUACACGAGACUACUAUUUUAUAGAAUAUUAAAAUAUAAUAACCGUGUGCCUAUCACUAUAUAUAACGAGGUGUGUCUCAGAUGCCAUGCUCUUUAUACAUCGUUAUAUUUUGUUGUUUAACUACGAUUAUAGUUGAAUUUACCUAUCUAAUGUGCAUCUAUUCAAACUAGAAAAUUGUUGAGGCUAAUGAAACUUAUCACAACCAGACUCAAAACUAUGACACGUAUCUAAACGUAUUUCGAAUGUUUCAAGAAAUAUCAGUUAUCAGUAUGGGGUUGUGGAAAUUGUUGAGUUUCACGGAAAUCAUGAACCGAUCAAUGUUAGAUCAUCUUUGAUAACCUGGAAGCACUAAACGGCAGUUUCGUCCUAGUAUGGUCUAAACUUUAAGCGUUCGCGCGUAAGGAUGACGGUUUGAUUCCCGAAUGCGGAGUCGUGGAUGCUCUCUGCUGCAUAGACCCAUACUAGGACGAAACAGCCAUCCACUACUUCCAAGUUUUUAAUGGUGGUCUGAAAUUCAUCGGUUCAUGAACUCAUUGAAAGAUCAGUCAAAUAAAGUGAGGUAGUUAACGGUAAUGUCUAACAGUUCCCUUUUUUAUAACCCAUUAGAAUUCCAUCUGUACUGACAAUGAAGUCCAUAAGUAUUUGUUUAUAAAUAUCAGUUUUAAAUUGUGCCAGUAUAAUUUAAAGUUCACCUUUAAGAAAUAUUAACUAUUAUUGCAUAAUUUAUACAUAAAUUCACGCAUCUCGUUCAUUUAUGCAUUGUCUUCGUUUUCCUAUUAAGCCUGUAAAAUCACUGAUAAGGAAACAAAAAAUGGACGUAAAAUGAGUAAUUUUGAUUUAAGAAAUUUAAAUCAAUUAAUUAACUGUACUAUCCUGGAAGGUAAUUUGAUCCUAACCAAAGAAUCGUUCAACCCAAGUUCUGAUCUGACUGAUCAUAUCCCAAUCACAGAUCACCGUCAAUUAUGGGCUUUACAUUCAUUAAGAGAAAUAACUGGUUAUAUAUAUUUAGACUUGGAAUUACUUGGCGAUAGUCUGAGAAAUUUUAGCUUCCUUGAAAAUCUUGUGAAAGUCAGUGGUUAUCUACCUUCUGCACGAGUGAGUAUAAUGAUUAUAAAUAGUAAGGCGCACUUUCCUGGAUUAAGAAGCCUUCGACAGGUUCCACAUGGAAGAGUUAUAUUUCAUCAGAACCCAAACUUGUGUUAUUUAUCCUCACUGCCUUGGACUAAUUCAGCACACUCAAGUAUCUUUAGCACACUGAAUCAAACAAAUUCGAUGGAAAUUACUGUUAUUGAUGGUCCAAGUGACAACUAUUGUGAAUCUCUUAACUACGUGUGUCAUCCUGCAUGCAAGAAGGAGUAUGGAUGCUGGGGACCAGGACCAGAUCAGUGUGUUCGCUGCUCAUACCGUAGAGCUGGAUUAUAUACAUGCGUUCAAUCAUGUAGUAACUUAACAGGAUAUAUGUCUGAACAAUGGGAAAAACAACUCCAACUGUCUAAAAAGAAGAAUGACUAUUUUGGCAAUUCUCUGACUAAAAAUUUUCACCUAAAUUACCAUACAGCAGAAACUGAAGAUGUUUGUGUCCCGUGUCAUCCAGAGUGCGGCAAAUCCUGUACAGGACCUGGUGCUCAUGAAUGCAUUGGAUCAUGUAAAACAGCUUGGUCAGAAGGUCAGUGUGUUUCAGAAUGUCAUUCAAACACUUAUCUAAAUAUGGACAGAAGAAUUUGUGAGCCAUGUCAAACACAUUGUCAUCAACGUCAGUUAACAAAACAGCCGGUGUGCACCGGUCCUGGUCGUCAUCCAGGAAAAGGAGGGUGUAAUAAAUGCGAAAAAUUUGUUGUACAAUCGCCUUUCAAUCAGAUGAAUACGGAAAUAUCAGAUUUAUCAUCCUCGCUUACAACAAUUAGCUUGCUAUGCAUCAGAGGAGACUGUCCACCAGGAACUUAUUUAACAACUGAAGUGGUUCAACCGAACACUUUGUUUGCGAAGUAUGCUGAAAUAUUCACAAGUGUUGCUGCAGUAUGUCGAUCAUGUCAUCCAAGGUGCCCAAUAUGCACAGCAUAUAGCCUCCUAAGAGCUAAUGAACAACGUUUAGGAUGCAUGAAAUGUAGUGGAUUUUGGCUGAGAGAUGCUUGCGUGGAACACUGUCCUGUAGAGCAAACCUACGCUAUAUGGAUUAACACUAAUCACAAUGUAUCCGGAAAUUCUUCAGAAAAGCAUUUAAAUUUAAAAGACGUCAAUUUGAAAUACAAUGGUAUUUAUGUGCGACAUUUAAAUGGACAGUGUUUAGCCUGUCAUGAGCAAUGUCAUGCUGGAUGUUGGGGUCCUGGACCGGAUCAGUGCAACCAUUGUCUUAACGUUAAAGUACCUAUCCGAUUUAUAUCUAGUAAUCUUACUAAAGUUUACGGACUGGACCACUUUUCAGGAGACGAUCUAUCAAUUGAAGUGAACAGUUUAAAUUUACAUUUAUACCAUGGAAGAUUUAUUUGCUUACCACAAUGUCCAAAUGAUUUAUACAAUCAUAUCAUCAAUAUACCUGAAAUGGAAGGUGAAACAAUAUGUCAUCAUAGUACAUAUUUAAGUGCUAGUGAUUAUGAACUGAUAAUGCAGGACAAUGUGUAUCCAUUUCAAUACUUUAAUAGUUAUCCAUUUUCAAAUAACAAUCAACAAUUGGAGCAAGAAACGUCUGCGGGAAUCAUCGGACUAAGAAAGUCUUCAUCUUACUUUUCAUCGGUUAACGGUAGUAUUAUGCAUCGUAAACUAAAAAAUGAUCCAGUAAUAUUAAUUAUGAUACCACUAUGCAUUAUAUUAAUCGUAUUUGCUGUACUAGUUUUUAUAUGCUAUCGUUAUCGUUCAAAUCAACAAUACAUCAAAAAAUAUGAACACAGUCCACUGUUAUUGUUGAAAUUAUUGUUUUGUCCACUAUCAUUUAUUUCAAAACGUUUUGUUUCUGAUAUAAGCAAUUAUAAAUAUAAGAAAGGUAAUCCGGUCAUAAAUUUAUCUCCUACGAAUUGUCAUUACAAGAAUAGAAAUGAUGAAAGUGGUACUGAAACUAAUUUAAUGCAAUAUCCAGGCACAGAGGAAAGUCUAUUAAGAAGAUCUAGUGUAACGGGUUCCCAUCGAUAUCCAAAUCAGAUUGUGAACGGACAGAAAGCACCGAAUCUAGGUAGAUUAGUCAUGAUCAACCUGGAUGACUUAUGCUUAAAUGAAAAAUCUGGUCCCUUGGGGACAGGUGCAUUUGGAGCAGUCUAUCAAGGUAUUUGGAAAGUAUGCCAAACUGAUUAUCCAAAUUUACCAAAUAUAAAUUAUGUGAUUACAGCGAAUAAUGAAGAAGAGUUAAUGCUUAAAGUUAAUUCACAAAGCUCCCGCUCUUUGUUGACAACUCCUACUCAAACGAAUGAAAUGAACGUGGUGUCUACAAAUCAAAUAAAUUCCAGUAAUAUUCGAGUGAACGAAGAGCACACGUCAGCCACAGAGCAAUCAUCAGUUAUAAGCCAGAAGAACAACAAUACUGACGAAGAUACCAGUCAAACUAGUAAUAGCGUUACUACAACAUCUAAAGCAUCGACAGAGAAAUCUAAAAAGGAAUACAAACUACUGUGCGUUGCUGUGAAAAUUUUGAAUGAAGUUCGUGGGUCGAGUGAUUUACAAGCACUACUGGACGAAGCAAAGGUUAUGGCGUCUGUCUCUCACUAUCACUGCCUCCCUCUUCUUGGAAUAUGUUUAUCUCAAUCAAGAAAAUGCUUAGUUUCAGCUUACGUAGUAAAUGGAAGUCUUGAUCGUUAUCUAAGACUGCGUGCCCCAAAUAUUGACUCCUUAAUUCUUUUAGAUUGGGCAUCUCAGAUUGCCGAUGGAAUGGCAUACUUACAAUCUCGAGGAAUUAUCCAUCGUGAUUUGGCUACUCGAAAUGUUCUAGUUACAUCACCAGAACAUCUACAAAUUACAGAUUUUGGUUUAGCAAAAAUGCUGGAAAGUGAAGAAGAAGCUAAACGUAACGAAGUAAUUGUUUGUUCUGGACGUGUUCCUAUCCGUUGGUUAGCCUGUGAAACGCUGACUCAUCGUAUUUACUCAUUCAAAACUGAUGUUUGGGCGUACGGUGUCACUAUUUGGGAAAUUUUCACAUUUGGGGACAAACCAUUUGAUCGUAUAGAAACGGCCAACGUAAAAGAUCAUGUUUUAGCAGGUGGACGUCUUCCACAACCUGAUAUAUGUACACUCGAACUAUAUCAAGUUAUGUUAAAUUGUUGGAAUGAAAAUCCUGAUGCUCGACCGAAUUUCGUGGAACUGUACAACAUGUUUAAGGACUUCGCACGUCAACCACAUCUUUAUCUUCAUUCCAGAAAUGAAAGUAGUUCAAAUACCGAAGUCUACAGUAGCACUGGCGACACAAGAAGUCGUGCAACAAUUUAUCCAACUACUCGAUUAUCUGGUGAACGUUUUCGACAACCAGACCAAACUGUUCCUUCAUUUCAGUCAAUAAAAAGUAGGAAUUCUUGUUCGCCUCUACAAAAUUCAAGUUCCAGUAGUGGAUUAACAAAUCGGCGCUUUGAUGUUGGUAGACGCACACGUACCAGUUUACUACUACCUCCAACAGUCCUACAAGCUAAUCGUACUGGGAAGUAUCCGCGACAUAAACGACGUAGUGUUGGAGCUCGUACUGAUUACACAAUGUCAGCAUCCUUAAGUAUAAACUCUGCGAUUGGUGAGCGUUGGGGUAAUUCAUCGUUUGCUACACACAGUCACCCAACGUUAAUUAAAGUUGAUGAAGCAAAUGGAACAGGAACUAUUAGCCAUAAUUUUAAGAUAAAUAGCAAUACAUCUGGAAAUAAUCGGAAUAAUGAACAGUUUAAUGUUGGCUUGUUUUCAACUGAUUCAUGGGCAAGUAGUGGACAACCCUUACUAUCAAGUGACCAAGAUAGUUCAUUAAGCCAUCUAAUGCUGUCGAAUUUCGGUUACACAAGUAGUGAAAGCAGAAGCAGUGUGACAGUCAAUUCCCCUAGCCAACAUAAUCGAAAUUUUUCAUCAGCAGGUUCGUCAAUUCCAACGGAAUCAAGAAACUCAGAACAACAAUCUGCAGAUGAACCUACGUCAAACACACAGAGAAUAGGACUUGACAUGAGAAGUGGUCUCCCAGUCAAUACAUCAUUUGAGGCUGCUGCAGGCUAUGUAUGGCCUCAAUGGCCUGAUGCCAUUCCUAAUCCAGAAAAUAACAAUUUAGAUCAGGCAAAUUCAAGUGAAACUUCUUAUGUCUUUAAUGCAAUCGAUUCUGAAUCAGAAAACAAUUUACCGUUCCUUAACCGUCAACUUUGGCUUCGACGUAAUGCUCGUCAACGGCGUUAUUAUCUUAGACAACUGCAGAUUCACAGAAGCGUUGCUGAUUCCAGUUUGCCAGAACAAGCAGGUGAAGACGCUAUGGAGGAAUCUUCAAGUUGGGCAGAACCCUUGCGAUCAAAUCAGAGUAAUCCGAAUGGGCAACAAGAAGACAGUGAUAGUGAUCCAGGUUCUGCUGAUCGAUACUGGCCCGAUCCAACAUAUUCUCCACAAAACGUGUAGCGCCAUACUAGUUUACUUUUUUGUAACUUUACAUCUUUUUAUGAGCGAUUUUAUAAUCACAUUUUAAGUUUAAAAUGCCUUUUCUAAUUCAUGAUCUCAUCAGAUACAAAAAGCUAUCAAGUGUCAACACUUUGAAAUGUGUAAAUACCUCAUCCAUAUUUACUUUCGGCUAAAAUGAAUAUAUUCAUAAACUGACUUUGUGCUUUAUCUAGCGACUAUGUCAUUUUCCCAACUGAUUGCAUAAAAUUAAAACUCAUUCUUUCUGUAAAUGUAUCUUUCUGUGUGUUUAGGUUCAUAAUAUUUAUUUACCAAUCCCUAAAAAACGACAUAUUUAUGAAGAAUGAUUUUAUCUGUAUUGUAAACUAAUUAGGUUUACUAUUGUGUGCACGGUUAAGAGUUAUUUAAUGCUAAAAACAACACGUUAGUUUCUUAAAGUUUCAUAGAUAUGGGUGGAGGAAAUAUAAUGAGUUAUUUAAAAAA